AUGGGUCAGGACGACCACACAUGCUUUGCGACGAUUUUCGACGCCGACGUGGCGGUUAUCCCACUGAUAUCGAGGACCUCGAUCCGGCACGCCGACCCGCAGACAGUGAAGGAGUGGCACCGCGACGAGGCGAUCCGCGUGCUGAAGUUUUUCCGGACCGCUGUUCUGGCCGAGCUGCGGCGCGAGGGUAGGAAAUGGGAGUGGGCGAAGCCGUCCGAAGACGAGGUGCAGGAGAGGCUCGCCGACUGCGACGAACCCCUUCGAGAUAAAGUUCCCGAUACCGUCCGGGACUCGGACGCGGGCUCCGGCCUGCUAGCAAUGAGCGCGUUGAUCUGGGUUGUGAGGCGGUUCCAGCGCCUGACCGGCGACCUCCGUCGCAUUGCCACCAGCAUGGACAAGCCCACCGUCUCGGGGUUGAAGGCGCUGCGGAACGAGAUGGUAGCCCUCAUCAAGAAGCAAGUCCCGCUCAUACGGUCGGGGAAAACCGUUGUUGCUGCCGACGCCUGUGACGACGACGGCGAGGAAGUCCAUUCUGCAUCCGUACCAGUAGGGGUCGCCCCGAACGUCGCUGAUGCGCGUGGCAAGUCGGGAGUCGGCGUCGACGAGGCCGAUGCGGCCGCAGGAAAGGGGGUGACCGGGACCGAGGUUGUUCACGGGGAUGAUGAUGGGGUCCAGGAUCGCGAGGAGGAACGUGAGGGUGAGGGGGGCUUGGAGGAGUCGUCGGGGUCGAUGUCGGGGUCGAGGUCGGGGUCGGGAUCGGGCUCGGAGUCGGAGUCGGAGGAGGAGCAGGAGCAGGAGACGCAGGAGCACGAGAGGCAGCACCAGGAGGAGCAGUUGGUAGAGGUGGAGGACGUGGAAAUGGCGGAGGGGUACGUUGUCGGAGGAGCGGAGGGGUACGUUGUCGGAGGAGCGGAGGAAACGGGUGGGAGAUCGGCGGAUGUCGAGAACGACGAAGGGGAGGGGAAGGGUGCGACAGCGAAUAUCGGCGAGGUCGGCGUGGAGGCGGCUCACGGAGGUGGUGGCAUGGUCGAGGUCGGUGAAGGGGAUAACGCCGCGGUCCCGGAGCAGAGGGGCGUGGAUGUGCAUACCGAUGCCACCGCGGAGAAGGCCGGCGGGGAGCGGUCUAGGAGGAAGAAGGCGGCGAGCGGUCAUCCCGGUUCCACCGCGGCUGGGCGGCAGGCGCGGCUGGACGUCGUCGAUCAGCUGAGGGCGGAGAACAGGCGAUUGCGUGCAGACAAUGCACUCCUUGAACGGCGGCUCGGUGAGCAGACGGGGCGGGUCGACAGCUUGGCGGCGGCAUUAGCUGGGCUCCUCGAGAAGUUGAAGGGUUUGACCGCCCAGGUCGCCGACACCGACCGGAAAUCGGAGGAGCGCCUCAAAGAGGCCACGUCGACCAUGGCGACCACAAUCACCGAGGGCCUCACCGACAACAUGGACAGCGCCAUUCAAUCGGCCAAGUCCUUCGCCGAGCUAGCGAGGCAGACGCUGCUGGAUCUUGACGACCCCAAGGGACGAGCGGCGGUCGCACGCGCGACCGCGGUGAAGACAGUGACCGAGCACGUGACGGCGGAGGUGGGCGAGGCGAGGAAGGGGUUGGAGGAGUCGUUCAUCAAAUACAUCGGCGCCGCGCAGACCAACAUUGCCGCCGCCGUCGCGCCCCGCCUAGUCCAGCCGCCGCCGCCGCCUACCGGCCCAGCGCAGGCCUUGCCGGAAGAUUUCCUGAAGUCUUUCAAGGAGGACGUGCUGAAGGCGGUGACGGAGACCACGCAGCAGUCCUUCCUCGCCUCCGGACUGAAGAUAAUGGCCGAGGUCGUCGGCACGGUGGCAGGCAGGGAGGCGGCGGGGGGGGGCGACGGGGACAAUUCGGCGAACACGAAGCGGAGCAAGGGAGGCGGGGGGUCUGGCGGCGGUGGGAGCAUGGGAGCCGGCGACGGCAGUUCGUUGAAGCAGUCGGGGAAGAGCGUGGUCGACAUCCUCAGGAAGCACUGGGCUCAGGUUGGAGCGGCCAGCACGGGCCAUGGUGGUGGGGGUCCCGCCGACGAGCAUGCCACUGAUGACGCACUGCCAAUGGCUCCGCCUUCGGUCGGCGUUAAGCCACCACGACAGGGUAGCGGUGUGAAAGGCCUGCGCGACAAGGAGAAGGCCGCCGCCAAAACGGCCCCUGGCGGGUCCGCGAAAGCUGGCCAGGGCCCGAAGACAGGGGUUGCGGAGGCGUCAGCGGUUCCUCACCAGUCUCCCGCGGGUGCACGCCAUCCGACCGGACCGUCUGCCGGGCGACCUACCGACGUCCCGCGCCAUGCCGACGUACCGUCUGCCGACAAGGUUGGCCGCGCGGGAAAAGGGGCGGCAGUUGCGGACGCGCUCAAGGAGCAGCUCAGGCUCCUAGCCGGCCACAGGGCUGUUCAACAGGCCCCCCCUGCUGUCGACGUCCCAUCGGCCAGUGGGCCACGUGUAGUGCCGGUCGUCGCCGCCCGUACUCCUGCAGACCCAAAGUCCGCGUUGUUGCGCGCCCAGCUGGGCGCACUAGCGUCGACUGAGAGGACUCAGCAGGCUUCUGGCUCUGGCUCUAAGCCGUCGUCGGCGAAUGUCGCACCACCCACCCAUGUGGCAGCUGAUGUGGAGAAGGCGGCGGAGAAGGGCGUUCGUGCCGCGCUUGCCACCGGCGGCGGCGCCGUUGAGGAGGUCCCCGCAGACGCUGAUAUCGCUGCCAUACAGGCCCAUCUGGAUGCAGCCAAUCCCCGAACCCUGGCCAUCUCCGACACGGAACAUGUGGAGCCUUCGGCGGGACUCGUCGGCAUCGCGGCAGAGCCUAGUGCGACCGGUGAUGCGGUCGGUGAGGGAAAGUCGAAACGGAAGGGGAAGGCGGGCUCACAGAGGAAGACGCGGGAGAAGUCGGAGGUGAAGGCGGCGGAUAAACAGAAGGGGAUGGCGGCGGAGACGGCGGCGGACAAAGAUCGAGGCGGCAUUGGGGAGGUUGAAGGGAAAGGGGAGAAUCAGAAGUCGCCCGGCGAGGGUACGUCGACGGGGAGGAAGGGGAAGGACAAGUCGGUCGGAGAAGGUGCGUCGACCGGGAGAAAGGGGAAGGAGAAGGCGGUCGGCGAGGGUUCCUCGAAGGGGAGAAAGGGAAAGAGGAAGGCGGAGGAGGAGGAUGAGGAUGUCGAGGAGGUGGAGGAGGUCGAGCAGGAGGAAGAGGAGGAGGAGGAGGAGGAGGAGGAGGGGAAGGGCAAGGAGAGGAGGGGUCAUGGCAUCCGACACGAUACCUCGGGCGACAAGCAAGGGUGGGUCGGCGAGAUUAAGGUGCACGGCAUCAAUCGAUACAUCGGCAAGUCGCGGGACAAGAUGGAGCUCGCGUACGUUCACUCCAUCGCGUACGUCGUCUACGACGGUUUCGUGAGCAAGGUGCUCAUGACCGAGCUCACCGGCUUGGACAGCGCCGAAUUGGAGAGGUGGAAGGAGGUGUGGGAGGAGGUCAGGAUCUUGCCGACAGGGAUGUGGACGGUGAUGUGGGCCCGGGGUACGCUCCUUCCAAAGACACGGCUGACGGAGAUCCUCGACGCGUAUCGCCAUUACAAGUCCACAGGCGAUUCUCUCCACGCCGCGCUCCUGCCAGCGAUAUGGUACCCAGUCGAUGCUAGCACCGAGGAAGGCCGGGAGAAGUCGGCGUCCAUGAUGUCGGCGAUGAUAGGCCGCGUGUCAAUGUGCGCUGCAUAUGGGAAGACCGCUGCGGCAGCGGCGAUGAAGGAGGGAGACAAGGAGGAGAAGACGGAUAUGGCGGCAUGGGCGUUAGCAGCAUCCGCAUGCGCUGUGUGGUGCUUCGUCGAGAACGGCGAUGCCCAGCUGGCGGAUGCUGUGGAAGAAGGGAAGUCGGCGGCGAUCAUCGGCGGAGCGAGCCAGGCGACCGCCGAUGUAUUCGGAAAAGUCAUGGAGGCGGUGCUGAAAGCCGAGAUGAACAGGGACCGCCCCUUGGGAGAGGUUGCCUACAACGUCGCGCCAGCACUCCAGAGGACCGCCCUUGAUACGGUAUAUCCGGGGGGGAAUGCUGGAGUAGAUGCCGACGUUAUCGCUAGAGCGACGGUUGAGACGAUGGCGUUUUGGGGAAUGUGCCCCGUCGCCGGGCCGAAACUAAGAGCGAGGGACAUCGCGGUGCCGAUUGACGCGCAGAUGAAGGCCGAUCUUGACAACAGGGGGAGGAAGGGUCUGAGGGGCAAGAAGGGGACGAAGACCAAGGGCGGCACGGAGAAGGUCAAGAAGUCGAAGAAGGACAGCACGACGGCCUAG